AUGGGUGUCACUCUGUCUACGUUAAUCGGCUGGGCCGCCGUUCUGGGCCUGUUUGGUGCCUACAGCUUCCGCGAAUGGAGCAAAAGCCAUCCGGCACAGCUUGCCAAAGUAGCACAGCAAAAACAGCGGCAGGAGCGGCAUUUCCCAACCCAGCGGAAGGAACAGAAAGAAGCCAAACCGAAGCGGGCACGGGCAAGCGAGCCUCCGCAGGCCGCAAAAUCGGCAGCUGCCACAGUGACAGCACCUCCGCCUCCGAUCAUCUACACGUACAGUUCUGAUGAUGACGCUGCCAACAAUCGGGAGUUUGCCCGCCAGCUUGCCAGCGUGAAGCAAGGAACCAAAAUCUCUAGCAAGGCAAAGGACGACACCCGGCAGAAGAGCGUGAAGCAAUCCCGCGCCGAGGAGCUCCCUGUGACCACUGAGACUGCCGCCGCCGUCUCUGCCCCAUCGUCUACGGCUGGCAUUGAUGCCGAUGAUGACCGCUCGUCAGUGGCCUCGCCUGUCCUCGGCGCCGUCGCGGCUGGAGGUGUCAGCGACAUGCUCGAAAAGCAAGCACCAGGCCCGUCGGUUCUGCGCCUGACCGUCUCAGAAGACAAGCCGGUGAAGGCAAAGAAGGCAAAGGCGGCACCGGAGCCUGUUGAGACGAAGAAGCAGCGCCAGAACCGGAAAAAGGUGGAGCAGGCCAAGGCAGCACGCGAGGAAGCUGAGGUGGAGCGCAAGUCCAAGCUGGAGGCGCAGCGCCGGACUGCACGGCUCGCCGAGGGCCGUGCCGCCAAAGAUGGUUCCGCCUUUGUGGCAGCACAGACCAGCGCAUCGAGUGCAUGGACGGGCAAUGGCGUGAAGUCAUCUGCGGAAGCUUCUGCUGGUAGCGCCACCUUCAUCCCCGCCCAGCCGCUUGACACGUUCGACUCGAACGCCGUGCACACGGAUGCCUCCAAGUCGUCGGCACGGUCUGGCGACAAGGGUGAAGACUGGAUGUCGUCCCUUCCUUCAGAAGAAGAGCAGAUGGAGAUGCUGCGGAAGGAAGAAGAAGAGUCGUGGAGCACGGUCAAGACCAAGUCUCGCAAAUCGAAGGCUGCGGAUGCCGGCGAGAACGGACACGCCGAUACGGCUGCACCGAAGGUGGCACCCGUGUUUGUCGCUGGCAGCGGGUCUUCCGCCGUGAAGUCAUUCACACAAAAGUCGGCAUUUGCUGCCUUGAGCACUGACACACCGGCCGAGGAGGAGGCCGAGUGGGAUGUCUAA